ACAAGUACCAAGUACCUGGCCACAUGGAUACGCGCAUUGCAUAUAUUUCUGCUUUUUUUUAUAUUAAAUAAAUCAAAUGCGAACAAGUGCAAAUAGAGCAGAAAAAGAAGUUGAAAAGCAGCACGCAAAACGCAACAGCAAUUAACAGAGUGCAUAAUAUUAUAAGCGCAGCGACCUUUAUUAAAAUCAAAAUUAAUACAAAAUGAUUCUGCUGGAAAUCAAUAACCGUAUUAUCGAGGAAACGCUUCUGGUCAAAUACCGCAAUGCACAAGCAGGACUCAAACCAGAAUCGAUAGAUAUACGAAUAGCAGACUUCGAUGGUGUUCUAUAUCAUAUGUCCAAUGUGAAUGGUGAUAAGACAAAAGUGCGGAUAAGUAUUUCGCUCAAGUUCUACAAACAGCUGCAGGAACACGGAGCCGAUGAGCUGCUGAAAAGGGAAUACGGAAGUUUGCUAACCGAUACGGAGGAAGGCUACAAUGUGUCUGUACUUAUUAAUCUGGAGGAUAUACCCGCGGAUUGGGAGCAGAUUGCAAAGAGAAUUGGACUGCUAAAGCGCAAUUGUUUUGCCUCCGUUUUUGAGAAAUAUUUCGACUUCCAGGAACAGGGCGAAGAGGUCCAGAAACGAGCUGUUAUCAACUAUCGCAACGAUGAGACGCUCUAUGUGGAGGCAAAGCCUGAUCGCGUCACCGUUGUCUUCAGCACCAUCUUUCGGGAUGAGGACGACGUCAUCAUUGGCAAGGUCUUCAUGCAGGAGUUGAGGGAAGGUCGUCGUGCAUCGCACACAGCGCCACAAGUGCUCUUCUCGCACCGCGAGCCACCCCUAGAAUUGGCCAACAGCGAUGCCAGAGUGGGCGACAACAUUGGAUAUGUUACAUUCGUGCUGUUUCCACGACAUACCAAUAAGGAGACACGGGAUAAUACUAUCAAUUUAAUACACAUGUUCCGUGAUUAUUUGCAUUAUCACAUUAAGUGUUCAAAGGCGUACAUUCAUUCGCGUAUGCGCGCAAAAACCUCCGACUUCCUCAAGGUGCUAAACCGUGCAAGACCCGAGCCGAAGACUACGGAAAAGAAGACUAUAACGGGGAGAACAUUCGUCCGCAAGGAAUGAUGUGCGGCGUAUAAUUAGUUGUUUUUAUAUAAAUAUAAAAAUAAAAAUAGCAACAACAAAAAAGAGUGUAUUAAAAAUUGAGAUAAACUGCAGAAUUUUUGGCAUUAAGUUGGUGAAAAUAAAUCAAUAAAAAGCCGCUCACAGUAAAAACGAA